UGAGGACAAAACCAUUUCAAAACGACGCGAGGAACUUGGACAUACUACUAGUAGCUAGUACCGGUACUAUAUAGCUAGUAGGAGGAAGCAAGACAAUGGCAUCCGGGUUGGCACUGCAGCUGAGCGAAUCAGAAAAGCUAUACUUGAUUGAUGGUUGUGCUGAUAACUGUCGGUUGGAUGGGAGGGAAAGGGAGGAUAUUCGCCAAUACACAAUAGUUACCAGUUCCGAGACAACAUCGGCGGAUGGACACCCGCCAUUGAUGCUCUCGAAUGGAUCGGCGCGUCUGAUCUUGUCCUCUUCGGGUUCUACUUCCACUCACAUUCUUUGCAGUGUCAAAGUGGAAGUGAUGACUCCUUCGCAGUCGCAACCAAACCAAGGGAAUCUCAUUGUUCAUGUGGAAGACAGCCUUGCUGCGAACUCCUCACUGUCUCGCAAGAAGAACGAGGAAGACCGGAACAGAGUUCAGUCCAUCAUAUCUGAAUUACUGGCUACAAAUCUUAUCGACCUGGAAAGUCUAUGCAUUAUCCCAUAUCACUAUGCAUUCAACGUCAGUGUGGAUGUUGAGAUUCUCUCGGGUACUGCAGGAAGCAUCAUUGAUGCCUGCUGUCACGCAAUACGAGCAGCUCUCCAAAAUACACUUCUACCCAAAGUUGUUCCAUCCUCCAUUGUCAACGAUGCUGGGACAUCCAUGGACCCGGUCGGGUCGUCUUCUUCAGAUCUCAUGUUGGAGUCAGAUCUUAGCCUGGCUCAGACUCCAUCAGGGAUUGACAAUGCUGCAGUGGUCGUCACGGUUACAGUGUGUCAUCGAGCACUCACCAAUUCCUACCUGCUUUUGCUGGAUGCGUCUCUAGAAGAAGAGGCAUGUUGCUUUUGUCAAGUUCAUGUGGCUGUAGACGCUCGAGAAGGGACUGAACCCACAAUUUGUGCCCUCCGAAAGACAGGGAACGGGUCAUUGCCUUGGGAAUUGUUGCCAGAAAUCACAGCUCUAGCUGUCAAAGCUGUUCCCAUGACCAAGUCAUCUUUCAGGGUGGCUGGUAGUUCUAGAAAUAACGCAUCACUGCUGCAAACGCAGCUUGACAUUCAAUAGACAAACCAAAGCAUCCAACCUCUCUCAUCACCCAAAAUCACAGAUACAUGCUUCAUCGUUCACUCUUCUUUUUGCCUCUUGACUGAAUUAUUGGCCAAUCAGCCCUCAUAGUCACUCUUCCAAACAUGAAUCGGGCCGGAGAUGUCCAUCCCUUGAUCUGCAUUUGUCGCAGUAGUUUAGGCAAGAGACGGUCUGCUUGUUGGCAUGAUUCGUCAAUCAGAUCCAAACAAUCUCUACUUCGGAUCUCAUCCGGACCCGGCACGUCCCCAAGCAGGGACAACUUUUUCCGAAGAAGCAAGAGUGCCAAAGAACUCUUGACGAUAUCGGCAUUGGUGGCUUCCGUGUGCAGCACAAUGUGGCAAUUUUCUUGAAUGUUCCAACGACGGGGAUUCUUUUCCAGCGCAUUGAAUCGUCGGAUCAAUCGCUUCAACACUCCACGGCGUGGGGCUUUCAUGUUCUUUCCCACCACUAGUAGAAACUUUUCUCUGGCAAAGAUAUCUAGCAACUGUUUCAACUCUUCGGGGUCUAACCUGGCUCGUCCCAGCGAUCCAAAUGCAAACGCUCGCCGUGCCAAGUGUGCCGGUGGUUGUAGAAUUUUCUCUGUCAGGGCCAUUUCUUCGGGAGUUUUAAUCUGGAUUUCAUCAGGGGCAAUAACUGUUUUGGUAGAUGAUAGUAUUGGCUCCACAGCACCGUUACUGGUGGCACCAUUAUUUGGGACGUCCUGUUGGGCAUUGUUGGGUAUUGACACUGUCGAGUUUGAUGAUGCUGCUGAUGUUGGCAAUGAGCCAAUGAACGCAUUCAAAACUUGACAGAGCCGUUCGAAAUUGAGUACUCGAAACUGUACACUUC